GCUCCAAUCUACUACAUGCGUCAACUGUCGUUUUGCUGCGGCUACUCGACGACUCCUUGCAUCGCGGCAACGCAGCCGUUUACUAUUUAAUAUACACAUUCUCUAUUUUAUUGACGAUUGUUCGUAAAUAGUUCGAGAAAGAAACAUGAAAUUGAGAUAAUAGUGCUAGUUGGAUAAUUACUGUGGUGUAACAGCGUAUUAUUUACAUUACGCACCCGAGACUGAAACAUUUGUGAUUUCGUGUUGUUGUUGCUCUUGUACUGCAUAUAGGCUUGAACAAUUGAGUUCUUAUAAACCAUUCAUAAAGAUGGAAUCUCGUCUUCCUAAGGCAAAUUUUCAAUUCAAAGUACCGGCAAGAACAGCAACAGCAGCUCCUAGCAGUAUUAAUGCUAUUAAAGCCAACCUUACAGCAACCACUAGUGAUGCAAAAGCUUCAACGGUAAAAACAGUGGAAACAUCAAAAACCAUGAGUGCUACAAGUAGUGCUUCCAAGACAGAUGAGAACAAAGCACCUAUGACUCGAACUAAUACAUUGACCACUCAAUCCAGAGUUAAUGGCAUCGCAAGAGGAGCAGUUAAAAGAACUGGUGCUAAUGUCAAUAAUGUUAUAGAACCUAAGAGAGCCAACUUAAAAACUACUAUGAAACCAACCGGUAUUAGGCCAGUUAGACCUGCUACUACAAUUGGAGCACUUAGAUCUGCAACUGCUUCUGGAGCAGUAAAAUCUACUUCUGCAGCUACUAAAAAUCUAAGAGUUGCUAAUGUUGCUAGUACAGCUACAACAUCUAAGACCACCGGUGCAAAACCUUCCAAAUGGGAUCUUAAAGGGCGCCUUGAAUAUACUAAUAAUGAACUGACUGCAUUAAAGCAAAAACACAAAGAUGUAACUUCCCAAUUUAACGAUAUUCAAGAAGAAAUCAUCAGUUUGAGAGAAAGCGAAAGUACAAAUAGAUUGAAAGCUGAAACAUUAGAAAAAACUUAUAGUAAGAUAAAUGAUGAAAUCAAAAGUUUAAAAUCAAAAAUUGAUGAACUCACAAAAGAAAGAGAUCGUUUAUCUGAAGAGUUAAAAGAAUCAAAAGAACUGUAUGAAGAAACAGCAAAAAGUUUAGAAGAAUUUAAGAAUGAUGUAGAAAUUAAGGCAACAUUAAUAAAAAACCAAACCAAUGAAAUCGCACAACUCAAAGAAGAAUUAGAAGAACAUAAAAAGUCUAGCACGAAAGAGAUCAAUGAGCUGACAGCAAAGAACAAUGACUUAUCAGACUUGGUGAUGGACUUGGACAAAGAUAGAAGAGCUUUGCAUAAUGCUAUUCAAGAAUUAAAAGGAAACAUUCGAGUAUUCUGCAGAAUCAGACCAAAGAUUCCUAAGGAAGCUUCUAAAAAUUUGUGCACCAUCAACUAUUUAGAUGAAUGCACUCUUGAGAUUUCUAAAGCAGAAGAUGCUUAUAGUAACAAAGUAAAGCAACGCAAUGAAUUCUCAUUUGAUAGAGUAUUCCCUCCUAAUUCUACACAAGAAGAUGUGUUUAAAGAAUUAUCAAUGCUUGUACAAUCAGCGCUUGAAGGCUACAAUGUAUGUGUGUUUGCAUACGGUCAAACAGGAUCAGGAAAAACCUAUACAAUGGAAGGUUUUCCUGGUACUGAAACCGAAGGCAUGAUUCCAAGAACAGUAAAACAUAUUUUUAAAGAAAUGAAACAUUUCGAAAUGCUUGGAUGGGAGUACAAAAUUGAAGCCAGUUUCCUUGAAAUUUACAAUGAACAAAUUGUAGAUCUUCUUGAUUAUCAAAGAAAAUCACAUGAUAUUAGGAUGGCUGAUAGCAAAGGAACUGAUCUAUAUGUUACUAAUUUGCUAGUUCAGGAAAUAAAUAGUCCAGAGGAACUGAAUCAGUGCUUAUUAAUGGCUCAAGAAAAUCGCGCUAUGGCAGCAACUCAGUCCAAUGAACGUUCAUCUCGAUCCCAUUCAGUUGCAAGAAUUCGGUUAAUAGGUACACAUUCUGGUAAACAAGAAGUGUGUAUUGGAAAUUUAAAUUUGGUUGAUUUGGCUGGAUCUGAAAGAUUAAAAAAUGAAGAAGCGGCAAGAAUAGCAGAAACUAAAAAUAUCAAUAAGUCUUUGGCAAAUCUGGGACAUGUGAUCUUAGCUCUUUUACAAAAACAAGAUCACAUCCCAUACCGGAAUUCUAAACUUACUCAUUUGUUAAUGCCUUCUCUUGGUGGCAAUUCUAAGACUCUCAUGUUACUUAACAUUUCACCACUUGAUGAUGCUUUCAAUGAAUCACUAAAUUCCUUGAGGUUUGGCUUCAAUGUUAAUAACUGUAAAACGGGUACUGUUAAAAAAGUAAAAACCACUAUGUGAAUGUUGAAUUUUUAAGACCGCAACACUUAUUCUGUUAUAAAUGCUGUGAGCAUCAAAUUAAUUAAAUAGUAUGUUAUUGUAUUACUGUCGUCUUUACAUACUGGAGUGCACAGUAUUGCAAUGAAAGAUCUUAUGAUUCUGAAAAAUAUGUUUUGAAUUGUAAGUCGUUGAUUUUUUAAUUUCAUAACGCAAUUUUAUGCAAUUGACUACUAUGAUAAAAUGGCUUCUACUCAUGUAUUAUCAAUAAAGAUUAUUAGCUAUUUUCUUUAUUAGCUGUAAAAAAUUAUUUAUAUUUUAUGUACGAAUGCUAAAAUGUACUGCAAAAGUUAUUUAAAUUUAACAUUAUGAGUAUUAAUGUGAAAAUAAUAAAAAGGCUAUAGUUUACUUUCGA